AUGCGAUCCGACCAAUCACUGCGCGCGCCGAUUGUUCCUGCGCAUUCAUUGGUCGGCUCGCUCGGUUGCUCGCGCUAUUUUUUUGAUCAUUGUUUUGCAAUGCCGCCCAAAGCAACCGGAAAGGCCGUCAAAAAGGCCGGAAAGGCUCAGAAAAACAUUUCCAAGGGAGACAAAAAGAAGAAAAGGAGGAGGAAGGAAAGUUAUGCCAUUUACAUCUACAAAGUUCUCAAGCAAGUUCAUCCCGACACUGGAAUUUCGAGCAAAGCCAUGAGCAUCAUGAACUCUUUCGUAAAUGACAUUUUCGAAAGAAUCGCUGCUGAAGCUUCCAGAUUAUCUCACUACAACAAGAGAUCGACCAUCACUAGUCGGGAAAUUCAAACGGCUGUUCGUCUCUUAUUGCCGGGAGAAUUGGCAAAACACGCCGUGAGUGAAGGAACCAAAGCUGUGACCAAAUACACAAGUUCAAAAUAA